AUGAAGCUGCUGGCACUGCCGCCAAGUCUCAUCUUGCUCGCUCUCUCAUAUCUGGCCGAAUGCGAGGGCGCCGGCCACGGGAAUGCGCCGCCGCCACUGCGACAGAAGAGAAAUGUCACGCAGCCCACCCCGACGACGGGCUCGGGCUUGGACUCUGCCUACAAUAUCACUUCGGGGUCGGGCGCAGCAUAUGCAACUGCUUGCGCAAAGCUUCACAACGAGUACAAUGCUGCAGAGUCGUCAUGGGACGCAAUACACAACAGUCUCGACAUCACUACCAGGCCGCUCGGCGGCCAGUCGUUCGCGAGGGUAACGUACUAUGAAAACGCCACGACGUUAUGCGAUGGCCAUCCUCGCGUGACAUACUCCCCGGCGAAGAGCCUGUCAGAGGUCUGGGAGACAUUGACGGCGCCCAUUACUGGAUAUACAACCGUGACACAGACCUAUGGAAGGGUAUUUUCCUCACCGACGCCCGUCUGCUCCAUCAAUCCGAAGGACUGUGAUGGAUUAUGGUCAGACUAUAGCAAGUCUGUCGCUGCAGCUGCUACAAUCACCUCUGCUCCUCCGAUACCGACGCCGUUUUGCGCAAACCAGAGUGCCAUCGCAGCGUACAGCAGUGCUACAGCAGAUCUCUAUGGGUGCGGUGCAUGCACCAUAUACGGCUUUGGCGUCGAGCUGGUCUACUUCCCCCCCAAAAACACGUCUCGAGACUUUUGUGCGACCACUCCCACCGCAACGCUGACAUCUUAUGGCCCCGGUGCUGUCAUCACAGCUUAUGCCGGGAAGAGUUUUGGCGCCAAUUCGAGCGCGCUCGCGACCACCAACGGACCUCGAACCGCCGUGGUGGGUGGCCACACCUUCACGACCGGCACGGCCUACAUCAGUAUUUCUACCGUCUACGCAGUCGACAGAUGCUCCAGCACAUUCGGACCAGUUGUGACCGAUGCUAUUCUCGCUAUGCCCCCCGAGUCUGUUCUCUCCUUGCGCUACUCGCAGGACAAAUAUCAGCGUCUUCAGACGACUGACACCAUCAAGGGCUAU